UAUACAAAUAAAAAUUCAGUGGCCAUAAUGGAUGGUAUUGACGAGGGUCUUUUUUCAUGGUUUACAGUCAAUUUUCUUCUCAAUCGCUUGAAUGGUAAAUUAACAAAUACAGUAGCUGCUCUUGAUUUAGGUGGUGGAUCUAUACAGAUCACAUUUAUCCCUACUAAUAGUAAACAAAUUGUAAAAGAAUUACCAGAAUUUAUUACUGAGUAUUCGAUAAUGAAUGAAAAAGUUAAUUUGUAUAGCCACAGUUAUUUAGGGUUGGGAUUAAUGGCUGCACGAAAGAGUGUGUUUACUGUAGAUGGUGAUUUGUUAAAUGUUACUAGUCCGUGUGUUCAAGAAGCAGCUAAAGGAACACCCUACAAAUUUGCUCAAAAAACCUAUCACAUAACUGGGGCACCAUCAAAAAAAGGUCCAGCUGUUGAUUACUUGUUGUGUAAAAGUAUAAUUGAAGCUGUAGUUAAGACUGUAUACACUGACAAACCCAAAGAUUUGCUCAACCAGAAAAUAGUUGCAUUUUCAUACUUUUAUGACAGAGCUCAAGAUGCUGAUCUUGUCGGYGAAGAAGGAGGAGAUGUUACUAUUAAAUCAUUUUAUAAAGCAGCAGAGAAAGAAUGUUCUCAAACAAGUUAUAAUGAGUUACGUCCAUUUAAAUGCCUUGAUUUAACCUAUAUUUCUGUAUUAUUGGAACAAGGUUUUGGUUUACCUGUUGACACUUCAGUUUCUUUAUUAAAUACUAUUGAUGGGCAUGAAAUAAGCUGGGCGCUCGGAGCAGCUUACCAUAUUUUACAAAAUGGACUUUAACUCAAACUGCCAUUUUUCAAAAAACAAAACAACCAUGGUGAUUGAUGAUCAAAACAUAGUUUAUGUUCUAUUUUCUACUUUGUCAUGUCUAUUGUUUAAUUUUCUGCCA